AUGAGUAACUCGGGCUCUGGCUCCUGGACCUCUCUGCGUUUGGCUGUGAGCACAAACUGGACCCAGGACGCAGAUGGGACACUAUCACCGCGGACUCAGCUUUUUCUGGAGAUCCUUAUGGUGCUGAUGUGUGUUGGAGCUGUCACAGGUAAUAUUCUGGUCCUCGUUAUUGUGGCUGCAACUAAAACUUUCCACUCGGUGACAUCAGUGCUGAUCAUGAACCUGGCCGUCAGUGACCUGCUUGUGGGGGCUGGAGUCAUGCCUUUUAUCGCCCUGUCCCUCAUGAACAGCGGAUGGGAGCAGUGUACUGACCUAUGCUUAUAUGUGGGCUACACCUCCUCUGUUUACUGCACAGCUUCUGUCCUGACACUGGCUGCCAUAGCUCUGGACCGUUACUACUCCAUUGUGGACUGUUUACACUACACCUCCCGCUGCACUCUGUGGAGGACCUGUGUGGUGGUCCUGUGGAUUUGGUUGCAGGCCCUAACCACCAACUGUCCUCCUCUCCUAGGCUGGGGCUCAGUGAAAUAUGUGCCUUCAAUGUUUAACUGUGCUGUCAACUGGUCUAUUAGUCCAAGCUACACUGCCUUCAUGGCUGUCCUGUCCUACCUAAUCCCAGCAGUGGUCAUCCUCUUUUGCUACUUUAACAUUGUGAAGGUGGCACGCAGUCAUGCUAGGAGGAUCCACACACUGGAGGACUCUGUACAGCGCAGCAGGAACCCCAGCACAGUCUUUGCCUCAGGUGAUCCGUCACAUCAGCACUGUGGGAGUCUGCACGCGCCUUCAAAACUCAUCUAUCAUGUGAGCGGACAGUUUGUGUCUGAGCUCAGUGAAGAGCAAGGGACUCUUUCAACAUCAAAUGCAAGACACAACAAAUCUACUUCUAGACGCUUCUUCUCUUUUCUUGCUCAUACUGUGUCCCCUCCAUCUUUGCUUUUGUCCCAACAGAACCAACAUGGAGUUGUCCGCCUGUUCUUGGUCAUCUGUGCAUUCUUCCUGUGCUGGACGCCUUACGUGGGAGUUUCUUUAGUCCAAGCUACUGAAACGGCGAUCUCAGGCCAGACUAAUCUUGUCCCAUCUUUCGCUGUCACUUUCUCAUACUGGCUGGUGCUGCUGAACUCAGACAUUAACCCUUUACUGUAUGCUCUAUUGAGCAAGCGUUUCCAGGGAGCCUUUCAGGCACUGAGGCAGAAGAUACGAACACGCCUGGGAGGACUGAUGGGUAGAGGAGUGGAGGGCAGAGCUGACGUGGAGGAGGGUACUAGAAACAGUGAACCCAGUACUCUUACAACAAAUCCCAGCAUGCCCUCCUGCUCACAGGGUACAGCCUAUGACAACUCCAAGUAUUGCUCCUCAGUAUUCACUGUAAGUACAAACUUCAAACAAACUUCUGAAGAGCAACUCUGCAAAGUGUGUCAUCCAGACCAUGCCUCCCCUUCGUGCUCAGUGUGGCCACAGGACCCUGGGGGCAGGCGGCUGGACUGUCUGCAGGUUCCCCCUCGGCCACUAGAGGGGAGCAGACUUCCUUUCUCUGCACUGACCAAGGAGCGUCAGGCGACUUUUUUUUAUGGACAAAUUACAGUCAGAGUAGAGCAUGAUGUCUUAUAG